AGUCGGGUUCCCCAUCCAUCGUUUCAAGAGAGAGAAAAAAAAGGUCUCAGCGCAACAAAAGACAAGAAGUCGGAAAUGGAUUUGACAGAUCUGGACUUGACCAAUCUCAGCGGGACCUUGGUAUAAAGGCGAGAUACUGUAUCGAUUCGGAUGGUUGUGGGAAGGCGCCGGGCUGAACUUUCUGACGUGACUUCGCCGAGCAAAGCCUCGAGCAGCCCGUUCGCGAGGCAGCCGAGCGCGCGCUCCUUUCUGUGUACUCGGUGGAUUGUGGCAAAUUCCUUUGUAAUGUUAAAAUGAAGUCGGAAGAGGGAAAAGGCUGAUUAAAACUAAGCGAUGAGACCAUUGCUUCGAGAAAAACAAACAAACAAAAAAAACCCCUCUCCCUUAGAUUUAGAAAAGAACGGUGACUCAAAUCGUAGAUGUUUUAUUUCAGACAUGGCACUGUAAGAUUUUUAUUUUAUUUUUUUUUGUAGUUAGACUACUUUUGCGCUGAUGGGAGGACUCUGAGGUAAAUAAUGUGCGAAAGGUGCAGCCUUACAGGAAACUAGUUCUACCUCGUUUCGUAACUCAGAACGCGAUAAUGCGAAGAAAUGGUUGACCACACUGAGGUGACCGUGCAUGUUUUAACAUGUGCAGGUUUUUAAAAGGAAUCGCAGAGGGACAGACCGGACAGCAGGGCAUCCUCUGUCGUCUUGCUUUCCCACAAGCCGCUUUUGGCGGACCCGGUAGCCUGGGACUACCUGUAGUCCGACCAUGGAUUGCAGCCCGGCAGCCAUCGACAGCACCAUGGUACAGAGAGGAAAUUCGCUGCUUGUUGAGGCUCGGUUGCAGGGCGGAGCGCCCUGGGGUUUCACGCUCAAAGGUGGCCUGGAGCACGGAGAGCCGUUAAUCAUCUCAAAGGUAGAGGAGGACGGCAAAGCCAGAUUGCUCCAAUACCCUCUCCUGGUGGGGGAUGAAGUGGUGGUUAUUAAUGGUGUGGAGCUGAGUGGAUUCAGACAGGAAGCCAUUUCUCUUGUCAAAGGAUCUUACAAAACACUACACCUCACUGUGCGCAGAGAGGGCUGUGCAGGUCUGUGCUGUAGUGAGCCCCACCCUCUCCCCCUGUCUUCAGGCCAGAGAACACGCAAAGAUCGAUGCACCGGAGGAGUUCAGUUACGCAUCAAACAGAGGCGCAGUGAGCCUGGAUCUCGUCCCCAUUCCUGGCACUCUGCUAAGCUGGGUGAGGGCCCUCUGGUCCCUGACAGCAUGAUGCAGAUAUCCCAGGGUGCUGUGGGAGCUCCCUGGCACCAGAGCUACCACUCCAGUGCCUCCACCACAGACCUGUCAAGCUAUGAAGCAGGCUUUUUGAGGAAAAGUCCAGACCAGUACAGUUCACGAGGCAGCAUGGAAAGUCUAGAUCACACUCACCCAGCCUACAGUUCUUGCAACCAGCUCUCGGCCUCCAAAUCCUCCAACAGCAUUGAUCACCUGCACAGCAAGCGUGAUUCUGCAUACAGUUCCUUUUCUACCAGCUCGAGUAUCCCAGAGUACCUUGCGGCUGCACCAUCAUUUACCAAGGAGCGGUCAUAUUCUAUGGAGAGUGUUCCGCAACAUAAAAUUGCAGAGGGCAUGCAGCAGGCAGAUAUCCGCUAUGUCCGCACCAUUUAUGACACCCAACAGGGUGUGUCUGAAGAGCAUGAGGUCUCUUCUGCAGCAUUGCAGAAGACCAGAGAAAGCAGGGCACAGUCCAGAAGUGGAAGCUCUCAAGGUGGGGUUUGUCAUCGUGCCAACAGCAGCGGUACCGGCAUCAGCAGUGGUGGCACCUCCACAUCUCAUCGCCACAGUGUGGGGCCAGUAUGGGGCCAAUCACACAACUCAUAUGAAAACCUUAAAGGGGCACCAGCACCUCCCUUACGCAGCGACAGCUAUGCAGCCAUCCGGAACCAUGAGCGGCCCAACUCAUGGUCGAGUCUUGAGCAGGCUCGGUCUUUACGGGCCCUUCACAAAGGCUCUUGGCAUCACUCCAGUGGAUCUGUGGCAUCAGGCAAGUCGUCUUUUGGAGUUGAGGGUCAGCUUCACACUGUUAUAGAAAAAAGUCCAGAGAGUAGCCCCACAAUUAAGCCCAAACAGAGCUUUCCAUCUGCCUUGCAGUCUGGAAGGGCCAUGCUGCCAACUAGUGUCUAUCCUGUCCCACAACCAGAGCCACAUUUUGCACAGAUACCUACUAAUAACCCCAGCUCCAGUAGUGUGUACCCUGCACUUGCUAAGGAGAGCAAGCAUGCCCCUAAGAGGGAACCCAGUGGGGUAUCAGAAACUGGAGUCAGGGCAGCAGUAGAAAAUGGAUACCAAAGCAUUGCAUCCUACUCCAGCACUGUCCAACCCCAUGCUACACAACCCAAACAGUCCAGCCAGGUGGAAGAUGACCCCCAAGCCAAAUAUGGUUUUUACAAGUCCCAUUUACAACCACAGGGGCACACGCCUCCAGCAUCAUCCUUGGGACAGGAAAGGAGAGACCCUUUCACCCCUGUUCAGCCAAGGAGGGACAGGCCUAGAUACUCACAUGGCAUGGACAUUAUGGAGACCUACAGACAACCAAGAGAGGAAGAGCAAAGCAAAUGUCCAGAACAAAAUGUCCAUCUUCAGUCAGUUCACACACCCUUUGCGCAGGGACAGGUUUCACAACCUCAAAAAGCCAACACAGCCCAAGCACAAGCAAGCGAGCAGAGAAUCAGCUCUGCAGGAAGGUUUAACAGUGACUCCACUCCCUACCAACAGAAUGACCAGGAUCUGGAUCACCCACUCACCCGACUGGAAAAUGCACUAGCAGAGGUCCAGAGAUGUGCUAGCCCACAAAGUACAAGUAGUCAGUGCAGCUUCCAGAGCAAACGUAGCAUGUCUGUGCUGGAGAAAGUCAGUCACUUUGAGAGACAGCAGACCAAACCACGCAGUCACAGCUGCCUCUCCAAUUACAGCUCUUCAGCUCGUCCACAUCAGGCUGUCCGCAGUGCAAAGACCACCCCCUGUGGUCUGGAGGAUCUACAGAACGCUUUCCCUCAAGAAAGAAGCCGGAGUGCCUCUGCAAUUGCAAGCCAUGAGGGAAGUAUGGAAGCACAGGAUUUGCAACCGAAGUAUGGAAGCACUGAUCAGGCUCAACACAGGAAGCCACAUGACCUGCACAGGAGCAAGAGCUCCUUCCAGCUUGGUGAGGAAAACGGCAAAGAUCUUCACAGGAGCAAAAGCACUUUUCAACUUGGUGAGGAAAAUGGCAGAGACGUCCCAUGGAAAGAUGACAUUCAGGACAUCUUAGGCACAAUUCAGGACACAUCCUUUAAUAGGGCAUACAGGGACAGCAUCAAGGAUGCUCAGUCCAAGGUCCUAAGAUCCACUUCAUUUCGAAGACGAGACUUGAACAUCAAUCCUCCUCCUGUGCCUGUCAAGCACAUGUCUUUGGAAAGGAAAGGACCUAAGAUGAGCCCCAAACCCACAAUUUCUCCACACACUCCUAAAGAACGACAUGUUGUCCCUGUUGAAGUAGCAGAUAAAACUGUACCUCCAGAGCUUCCCAGUGUCCCACCAGUAGGGCCUUCAGUCAUGAGGAUAUGUGGACGAAAACGACUGACCAUGGAACAGAAGAAAUUGUCCUACUCUGAGCCAGAAAACAUACACGAGGUCGGAGUUUACAAUCAAGAGUCUAGCCCAUUUCAGAGAAGGGCACCACAGCAGUUUUUGCUUCCUGAGACUAGUGUUGCAGAUCGACGCAGGAUGUUUGAACUGGCGGCUAGUCGCAGUGCGGACCCCAAACCAGCCACCUCAAGAACUGAUUUGAAGCAGAUGCAGCAGGAUGCUUUGGCUGAGUAUGUAGAGCGCAAGACUGGCCGACGGAUAGAUGGACGUCCACAUCGCCCUCUCAGUGCUUACAUGCAGUCAGCUUCUUCGAUGGACACUCAGAGCCUUACAUCCACCCCCAGUCUAUGUUCUCUUCAAGAGCCAGGACUAGAGAGCAUCUCUGUAAUUAACCUCCAGCCCUCAGCCUUCACAGCCAACAAGCUGCGCUCCUACUACCCUAACAGGGGCACCCAAGCUCAGCCUCAACCUGAAAUUUACCAGCCUGACCAUAGGCCACAUGGCCAGACCACAGAGCCUCAAAAACCAGAAAAGGGGCCUGUCUCAGUUCAGGCCCCAGGCCUAGUCCUAGAGCCCUUCCACACUGACUCUGCUUCUCAAAGCAUAAAUGCUUUUUUUGAAAGAGGUGUCGCAACUAGGUGUUCAGGCAAGUCAGCUUCUGCAGAGGACCUCCUGGACCGCAAGGCAGACCGUCCAGUUUCACAUCACUUCAGAUCACGAUCCACCCCAGUUGUAGAGAAAUACGAUCAGGACUUCAUGGCCAGAGAGCGCACACUGUUAGGGCUCAUCUCAAAAGAGCCCCCUGAUAACAGGGCUUCAGGGGACGAGGCACCGGUCCGCGAGGAGAGAGGGCAGCUGCAGGACGAAGGUCGGAGCCAGCCCAGCGUUCCCGCUAUCCGCCGGGACAGGCAGCGGCUCUCGGAACGGCCGCGGGCGCACAGCGCCACAGGCCUGGCCGCCUCCGUGGGUCUGCCCUGCCCCUUCUCACCCGCGGGUUCUCAGCCCUUGUGCGAGGCAGAGUGCCAGCCCAAUCUGGAUGCCAUCGCUUUCCCUGGCGUCAUCCAUGAGAACGCGAAGAGCUCGUUCGGGGUGUCGGAAAUUGCCGACGACGCGGGCGAUUGCAGGGGCACUCUGAAAUCACCGGGCUCGCGGAAGACGGCAGCACCAGAGACUGCCUCUGACGUUUCAGCUUCACACCCAGAGGACAAAGCCACAGGCCCGCAAGCAUCUUUGUGCUUUCAGCCAUCUCCUCAGCCAUUCCAUACUGGAUCACCAGCAGAUCCCAAGAGCCCCGCCUCUCCUACUAUGUCCCUCCCCUCUUUACGAAUCUCAGAGUCCAAUAUUCAGUUUGCUCAACCCCCAGACAUAUCUCAGGAGGACGAUGAGGUAUUUUUAGCCACGCCCUCCUCAUUACCAACCCCACUGCCAAUCAGAGAGACAGAAAUCACAGAGGACAUCCUCCCUUCUCCUCCACCAAUCGUCCCCCAGACAAAGGAAGAGGCACAGGACCUUACACCUCAGGAACCACAAAGCGUAAACAGCAUCUCCGACUAUCAGCCGGAGCUGACUUCCCACCAAGAUAACGAGGAACACUUCCAUGACCUGUCAUCUCCGUCAGUGACCCCUGACUCUAAUUGGACUCCGGUCGGAGCCAGCAUGACUCGUAAUGGCAAAACUGCUCCGCAGUGCCCCGAGAGGCACGUCACAGAGGAACAGGCGGAAGAGGAGGAGGAAGCAGCCCCAGAAAACCUCGGCCUCGAGUCGGCCCUGCUGGCCAGGAGAAAGCGCUCGGUAGCAGAGGUGCACGUGGAGGCACUGGCCCGUGAGCUGCUUCACAGAGAUGAGGCUCUCGCUCUGCUCCUGGAGACCUGGGCAAGCACCAGCACACUGGACCUGAUGGAGGGCCUUUUCCCUUCCUACUUCCCGUCUCCACGGCAACAGCAUAGCGACAGCCCCUGCUGUCUGGAUGAGAGGGCUCCCGAUGUUUCGGGUGUGGCAGAUGAUUCUUAUGAGAAAACCAUCAAGGAAAGAAAAGAAACCAAUCUGGAUGAGGAGGAAUCUGAUCUCAACCACAAGAAGGGGGAGCUGCUGCGGGCCCUGGGGGAGAGCUUGGCGGUUCUGCGGGCGGAGCGGGCAGGUCUGGUGGAGCGGGAGCGGCACUAUCGGGCGCUGGGUCAGGACACGGAGGCUCUGGUCCAGCAGUGCUGCCGGCCUAACGAGCGCGAAAAGUACUGCAUGUUCGUCGGGGACCAGGAGAAGAUCGUCAACCUGCUGCUAUCUCUGAGUGGGCGUCGCGCCCGCGUGGAGAACGCCCUCAGCGCCCUGGGCAACGAGCCGGACCAGGACAGCGCCGAAGAGAGGGAGGACGCGCGAGAGCUGAAGGAGAACCUGGACCGGCGCGAGCGCGUGGUGCUGGACUUCCUGGCCGGCUACCUGAGCAGAGCGCAGCUGCGCAACUACCAGCGCUACGUCCGCGCCAAACCUGCCCUCCUCAUCCGCCAGCGCCACUUGGACGGGCUCAUCCGCCAAGGCGAGGAGCAGCUGCAGAGGCUGAGCGAGAGCAUGCCCCCGGAGCUCCGCCCACCAGGCUUAGACCCCGCCUCUUCUUCUGCCGAUAGGCCAGAGGGCUCCAACCUCCCCGCCCACUCGCCACGCCCCCCCACUGUGACAGCGCUUUGACGUCGCUCUUCAGCACGGAAAGCCGCUGCCAAGGAGGAAAACGCGAGGAGAUGAAAGUGAGAGAAGGAAAAGGACGGAGAGCGCGAGAAGGAAGUGAUGGGGAAGGAAAGAAGGGCAAAAAAAAAAGAUUAAACGGAGAAAGAAAAAAAAAAAACAAGUGAGAAACUUUCAAAUUCUUUCCCUGUGACAACACCCACGUGGUGCCUUAACCGAAGGUGUUCAGGCCAGAACGAAGGACAACGGUACCGCCUCACUAGUCCGUUUCCGUUAGGAAGCGUCGCUCGUUCUGACCUGCGUGCCUCCUUCCGCAAUGGCCUUUUACACCAGCGCACUGCAUCAGACCCGUGGCCCUGCCGACGGCUGACCUGAGCAGCACAGCCGGACCCCCAACACAGCCCAGCGAUGCAAAACGCGUUCCGUUAUAUGACUCCGUUACACGUGCUUCGAUGGGAGUUCAGCUGGCCACACGACUGUGGUUACUGUGGCAAUACUGUGUGCAAUCACUUCCUGACAGAGUCCUGACAUGCACGUAACAGGUCUAUCACUUUAGGAAAGAACUGGCUGUUUUUCACAAUGCUGUAGUCUCCUUCUCACACACACACUCAAAUAAUAAGCACAAACUCUGUGCUUUAAGUGAGUCACCUAUCCUCAAAUUGCUUAAACUGCUCAAAGGCUGCAAUGACAUCAGCAACUGCAAUAAUUAUUUAUAAAUAGCCUAUAUAUGAAAAUGUGUGUAAUAUGAACAUGUACUAAGAGGUCUGUCCUAACCUCUUAAACGCCUUAAAGUGUAGAGAAAUAAAUACAUUCUAUAUUUUAUAAAACAGCAUAAGGCCCAUACAUGAAAAAUGCAGUUUUCAGGAUGAAUUGAUUUUUGGAUUCUCAGUUGGCUUUAAAAGGAAAAGGUGCUCCUGUGUCUGAACCAUUAAAAGCUGUUCAUUAGAGACAAAGUGGUGUUUUGAUUGCAUAUUUAGUUUUCCGUCUCCCAUAAAUAACGAAUAGGAAUCACACUUGGAUUAUUAUGCUUGUAUUCUGUUCAAAUAUACGCUAUAUGACCCGAUACUGUAAACGCUGCUGGUUUUCAUAGUUUAAAUAAGCCCAUCGCUUACAAAAAUGUUAGCCACCUUUUGUUAUUUUUUAUUUGUUGUUCUGUUCACUGUUCAUCAGGUCUGUUGGCUUUUGUGCAGACAGACACCAGUGAUGGUACCGUUGGUACAUUACUUUCAUUGUGUUUGUUAGAUGUAGAAUUUCAGACCCAACUUGGACUGGACCGUUGAAGUGCUGUGUUUUGUUCUUUUGGCAAAUCGCACCAUAAACAGGCCGUCACAUUGCGCUGUUUAAGAGGAGAAAGGAAAAGCAGACGCAUUCUAUAAAAAUAAAUCUAUUUUUUAAAAA